AGUUAAAAUUCGGUUUGCAUUUUUAAUUUUAGUGUAAAUGGGUAUAUAUUGUAACGUUUAUUACUUUUUAAGUUUACAUGAAUGUUAUAGUAUGUAUUAUUAGUCGUGGUCUUUUUUUUUUUAUUUAUUUUAAAUUUUGAAAAAUUAAAUCUUAAAAUGUGUCUGUUAUUAAGAAAACAACAUCAUUGGAAUUUUUUAAAAUUAGCGUGGCAAAAAAAAACAUGUUUUUGCGCUCAAAGAUUGUAUUCAGAGGAUUCAAAUGAAAUUAAGGUGCCUUUCAAAAUGACCGGUCGAUUUGCUAGUAAUCAACAAAAAACUAUUAUAUCAGAUUUUAUUGCUGUGUCAAAUUCUAAAAAUGUUGAUUGGAAUGCAUUGAAGCAGUCUGUUUUGUCUCUUAAUCGAGGGUAUAUAAACGAAAAAAAUAUAAAUGGAUGCAUAUUAGAAAAAUGUACUCAAAAAAAGCGUUUAGAUUUAGCAAAGUCGUACAUGAAGUAUGUUAGAGACUGUAGUCAGACUAAACCAAUUUUAUCACUAGAACUUUUAUAUCUUCGUUCAUGUUAUAUGUCAAGAUAUCAAUUGACAGAUGACGAUCGAAAUGAAAUUCAGACUAAUUGUCAAAUGCUGCUAAAAAAUUAUUCACAUUUAUUGAAUUGUUUUCUUCUUGAAAGUAUUGUUAUGGGACUUUGUUGUACAGAUAUGUGGCGUGAUUCCUUAGAACAUUUGAAAGUUGUGAAAAAUAAAAAUGAAAUUAGCAUGACUACAAUGAUUUGUAUAAUUUUAAAAGCAUUUGAAGAAAAAGAAUUUGAUAUAGGGUGGACACUAAUACAAGAUAUGUAUGAUCAGUAUGAAAUGCUAUCAAAUGAAGUAUUUGUUGCUUGGUUUAAUCUUUGUGAAAAAAAUAUAAAUUGUAGCUAUUUGAAAGUAUUAGAAUUUUUGAGAGAUAAUGAAUGUAUUGUUCGAGAAGAUUUAGCCAAAUUAAUUCAUGAUAAAUUUAAUCAAUUUGGUAAUAAAAGUACUACAACAAUGAUUUAUCAUCAUAAUGGGAAAUGUAAACAUUGUAAUCAAAUCUUAAAACCAGUUGAAGUAACUGACUCUGAGUUUAAGAAACUUCAAGAAUGUUUUUUGUCUAAUGUAAUGAUUGGAAAAAAUAUAUUUAAUAACUCAUCUCCCCAGGAAUUUAAUGAUUUUAAAGAUUAUAUAGAAAUGACUGCCCCAUAUGAUGUGGUAGUUGAUGGAUUAAACUUAGCAUAUGCCUAUCGUCAAAAAAUUUCUAAUAAUUCAAUAACGAAGAUUAUUAUGAAAACUUUUAUUGAAAAUAAAAUGAAAGUAUUAUUAAUUGGCAGAAAACAUUUAAUUAACAUGUUGGGAAAUGAAUUUGAUUUUAUAAAGAGAAAUGCCCAUAUAUUUUUUACAAAUGAUGUAUCUAAAGAUGAUCCCUUUGUUUUAUAUGCAGCAAUGUAUAGUGGUUUUAAUACAAAAAUUCUUACAAGGGAUCUUAUGCGAGGUCACAAAUUUUUGUUGAAAAAUACUGAAAUGAAAAGUGUAUUUCAAAAAUGGUUACAAAAACAUAGAUUAGUAUUACAACUUCGUAAAGGGGAUCAUGUUGCUGUUAAAGCACCUAUUACUUAUUUACAAACAACACAAAAUAAUAUAAAUGGUAUAUGGCACUUACCUUACAAAGAAUCAAAAGAUCCUGGUUCCUGGUCAAAACCAGAUUCAACUCCUGAUAAAUGGAUGUGCAUUAAAACAUGAAUAAAAAUAAAUGCAUUUUAAUUAAUUA